AUGGUAGAGGUUCCACCGGAAAGGUUUCGUAUCCCCUCCAUCAAGCUCUAUGAUGGAAGUACAGAUCCCUAUGACCACGUCGAGCUUUUCUCCUCUCACAUGCUGGUGCAAUCGGGGUCGAACGCGAUGUGGUGGCGGGCAUUUUCGGUUACUCUGGGAGGACAUGCCUGGACCCGGUACUCCUGCCUUCCCCAUCGUUCCAUCAACCGCUGGGAAGAGCUGAAGACCUGUUUCUUAGCUCACUACGCUCCCUUGAAGAGCCACCGAAAGUCUUCCAUGGCUCUGACUCCGCCUCGUACUUUCACAGAGGCCCUAGCCCGGGCUAAUAAGUACAUCAACGCUGAAGAAGUGAUGAAGGUGAAGCGGGCAGAACAACCUGACAGGAAGGAAAGAGAAAAGGAGAAGAAAAAGCCGGUGGUAGAGCAGAAGACGGACUAUCGCCCCUCCCGAGCUCCCGAUCGCCCGGGUUUUGGGGGUGCACGUGGAAGCCCGGUGAAUUACACUCCCCUCAAUACAAGUCGAGCAGAGAUUCUCCUGGCAUUGGAGGAUAAGAAUUAUUUACGGCGUCCUCCCCCGCUGAAAUCUCCACCCAACACUCGAAGCAAAAAGAAGUAUUGCCGUUUUCACCGUGACCACGGCCAUGAUACUGAAGAUUGCAUCCAACUGAAAGAAGAAAUACAAGAGCUUAUCAACCGAGGAUACCUCUAG